CUUUGAUCCGCCACAAUCCAGCUCAUAAUACAAUGUCGGAUCCCGGGCAAGAUUUCGCCCAAUUCGCGCAGCUUGCGGAUCGGGUGAAUAUCCUUGAAGAGGCAUACCAAGCAGAGAAACGGGGCAAAGAUGCGCCGUUCCAGAAAAAGCAGAACGAGCUUGAGAUGGAGCUUCAAAGGCUUGAAAUGGAGCUUCAAAGGCUCAAGCAGAACCGCGAAGCUGCAGGCAAGGAAGUGGAUCAAAAAUACAAGCACAGGCUCCGCGAGCUGGGGUCCAGCCACGACCUGACUUGGUUAUCUUCCCAGCCCCAUCCGGACCAAACGACCAACUCCCCGGCAUCUUCCAAUGUCGGCCCCAGCGUGCGAGAAGAAGGGAACAACCGCGACCGCCUGGCGACCGACGACGGGUCGGAAGAUGGCGAUGGCGGGUUGGGCGACGGUGGCGACAAGCCGGUAGAUGGCGAACAUGAGCUUGCAGACAGCAAUAAUAGACCAGGCCAUAGCGACAGCGAGUCGAGUAACGACGACAGGUCAGAUUACAGCGACGCCGAACCUGUAGAUGACGAUGACAGGUCGGAUCAGGGCGGGAGCGAGUCGGAUAGCGACAACCAUGACGGAUCGGUAAGUGCAACAUUCAACUCCCCAAGAGUGCUUCGAAAGCGCAAACCGACAAAAGCGGAAAGCGAUCUCGAGAGUCCCAAAAAGAGGAAUCGGAGAGACAGGCGGGCCGCCGGCUCCGGCGGUGUGGAAGCGGGCGGGGUCGGGGCGGCGAGGGACGACGGAACCGAGAAAACGAUCAGCCUUGAGGACGUUUUUGGGCGAUACCGCAUCAUCCCCUGGCCAGCGGCUUCACAUCGCUUCUACAUAUUGCGGUGCGACCACCACGGUAAGAUCUUCAACAGCAAAGACGCCGCCCAGGGAGCUGGCAAGCAUCUCAGCAAGGUCCAUGGCACGGCCGGGACACACGAAAACGCCAUCAAUGAGCUUGGCUUCCGCGUGCAAACCUGCACGCAGGAGCAGGUCAACGAAAGCAACCGCGCAGUCGAACAGCUCGACAACGCAGUCCGCCGGCCACGACGCCUCACCAGCGACCCAAAGACCAGCAUCCAGCCUGUCAGUGGCGUCUUCUACCAAGUCUACUGGCCCACCGGCGGGAAAUCCCGUUCCAGCACCCGCUCCGGCACCCCAUUCAUAGCCUUGUGUCUUCCGACCGACGGCUUCGACGAAGUGGGCAUAUCGGGCUCCAUCCACGACACAGACCUGAUGCGUCACGUCCCUAUGUGCUACCGCACCCACACGCGAACCAAAAAGAUCCUGGGCUGGGACGAGGACCACCAAGACGGUGGCACAAAGGCUUCCCAGCGCAAAUUCCCAUUCUUGUUUUUCACCAGUGACCUUCGGCUGCCUUCCGAAGGCAAGCUCUCGAUCCCAAAGAAGGGCAAGAUGUUUUCGUGGGUGGCCGCAAACAAGAUCCAACCACUCGACCUCAACGACAGCACCACCAGUCAUCUUCCAGGCCAUGCGACUGCGAUCGCGUUCGCGUCCAGAUUGCCCCAGCAGCAUGAGUCGGCCGCCGCUAUCAACAAUCAAUCGUCCGCAACCAAGUCUGGCCCACGUUCCGAUGCCCGAGAUAACGACGGAUCCGGAGAUGGAAACGGAGCGGAGGGCAGCCGAGCAGAAGCCCUAGCGCAGAUAGCAUCAGCUGGCCUCUCUGCAAGCAGUGCUGAAGCUGGCAAAGGAAGCGCAGAUGCCGAGCAACCCGCAGAUGAUACAUCUCGAUCCGCGCCAAAGCCAGCACCCUCAGAUAGGGCAGAGGACUCUGGCAGCUCCGCACAGGCAACCCUCGACAGUACCGUCCAGAGGACCUGCUCACAGCUACCGGACGAGGAUGCUGACACCGCCCAAAACGGUCCGACAUUGGCGACACAUGUUCCAAGCAACUCGGAGGACAGCAGGCCUGGUUUCGAGGGCACCAGGGCCAGCUCAAACAAUAACAGGACCAGUUCCGAGGAAAACACGCCCAAGUUCGAAAAUAGCAGACCCAGGCCCGAGGACGGUAGACAAGACACAGGCGCCGAGGCAGUAGUUGGCGCUCCGCAGUCUAAGCCAGUUUCAGACGCGCAAGGGCGCGAUUCGAGGGCGGGAAGAGGUAGCUUGGGCUUUAUUUUGGAAACAAGUCACAUGGAAGAUUACCGGUUUCUGUAGGCGAGCUCUGGUAGAUACCAAUGGGCAGAAAUUCAGGUUCGGGAUUGCGCUAGGGGAAACUCCCUAUUGUAUAAUAUAUCAGCGUUGUGCAGAUCCUAGCUCGUGGGGUACAUGUUCACGCUCGGCGGAUAUAUGCGCGCCUAUCCCACCAUCAUACCAGCUCAAGUUUGCCUUAGCACUUAUCUUCUCCUAAGCAAGCGCCCUGCCCAUGGAGUAGCCGCGGGCCAGAGUGCUGGCAAUCGCUCAUUCGUCGACACAAGCCCCCGUAUACAAACCCGCCAAGCCAG